UUAAAAAAUAUUAAUUAUAAUUUUCAGACGAUUUACAAAAAUAUGACGAAAUAUUUACAAAAAUGAACACAAAUGAGCUAAAAAUUCGAAUUCCGAAAACCACAAAAGUAGAAAGAACGGGAAAAUAUGAUAGAAUACAAGAGCUUUGUUCAUGUGAAGAAACACCUUACAAUACCGGUGAUCAAAUACAAUUCGAAUUACCGAAAGAAUCACGAUAUCCUGAUCAGGGUCCAAAUACAUAUUCAUCGAAUUUAAAAUACACAUAUAAAGGUUACAAUAGAAACAAUGACUAUAGAGACAGAAAAAUAAUAAAUGUAACUCCAUCCAACUGUCCUAUUCCUAUAAACAUGGAAAAGUCAGUUCAUCCCCAAAAAGACGUUUUCAUUUUAAAGAUAGGUAAAAAAUUAGAAACGAAAGACAAAAAAACUGACUUAGAAAUAGAACUCGUAACCCCGAAAGUACCGAAUGAAAACCAAAUCAAAACAAUUGAAAAUAACCAUACAUCUCAGCAGUGUAGUUCUGGUAACUUACAUUCAAAAGACCAAUCGAAAUCAGAAAAGAAGAAGGACAAGAAAAAAGUGAAAAAGAGCAAAUCUAACCUGACAAGUAAAAAUGCCAAGGGAAAGGGCUUAAAAUCAAACAAGAGUAAAAAAUAGAAACAAAUAUAACACAUAUAAUUCUCAAAUUAAAACCUACUUGCCAAGAAAUAUAAGACUUAAAAUGUUUUGGUUUUUUAGUUCAUAUAUAACAUUUAUAAACACUUAAAGUAAUUGUUUAAUUAAAUCGCUUGUGGUAUUAUAAUG